CUCCAGUCACAUUGUAAUAUUAUGGUUCAGAACCAAGAUGGUUAUUUCUGUAAGACUUGAUAGCUCCAUCAAACAUUGGGAAGCUAACCCUAUCCUUAUUUAUAAUAAACAUAGGAGCUUUACAUUUAGAGCAUUUUCAUGAAUAACCUGUUUCAGGAAUUGUUCCAGAUUUAAAAGUUUGUUUCUCUCAUUCUGUUCGACAAAUUGAUAUUAUUCAACGAAUACUUAUAACAACAAGAACUCAAGAAAUAAUGAGAUAGACUGUGAUGAUAAUAAGUAUUGAUGUCGGAAUAAGGAUAAUUGCCGAGUAAAAACUUGAAACAAAAAAUAAUGUAAAGAGCAUAAACCAUACUCGCAUUAAGAUCUUACAUACGGAUUGUUGACCUAAUUUCUCUUUAAGAAUCUCGAUUUCUUUUCUUCAAUAAUAGCAGUACAUGAUAAUUAUUCCACCAUUUUUUAUUUUAAUUACAAAUUAUGGACAUGUUUGAUUCAUAUAAAAUUUAUUGGAGCGGUCUUCGUGUCCCUCAAAAUAUUCUUGAGGAAUCUUAGAUAUCUCGAUUUGUUUAUUCGGGGCAUAUUCAUAAACAAGCUGAGGAUUGUCAGAACUAGAACUCUCAGGAAAUGGAAUAGGAGGGUCAAAUUCUUCAGAUUCACUCUUUGAUGUCUUAUAUAUUUCAAUUUCAUUUUGUACACUUUCUCUUGGUUGAAUAUCUCUUGCAGUAAAAAACAUUUUAUUUUUU